CAUACGAUCUCAAAGACAUAUUUUUGAGUAGCUUUGUUUUCUUUCUGGCCAUAGUUGAAAGUAGCUAAAACAGCAUGAAAUGCUUGAAAAUGGGACAAGAAUACCACUUUUUCUCCCUGCCAAAGCAAUGAGACAAACCUUGAUAAAUCUGUCUGCCUUAUUUGAGUCUUUAAAUGGUUUGCUCAUUAUUGCGGAUAAAUGCUGCAUGCUUUUGCUAAACAAGAUGAAUAAUCCUCAACACACACAUCCAGAAUAAAUACUUCUAGUUUUUUCCCCAUUUUAUUUUCCACCGUUGGACUUAAUCAUUUGUGCAUUCAAAUUGAAACUGCUGCACUGCCCUUCAUGUGUUUCAUAGUUCAAGUUUGAAUGUAGGUUAAACCUGCUGUCAGUGUGUCUAGUUUUCUGAAGAGGAUGUGAAUUGAAACUUUAUCGCCUUUACUAUAGUGUAAUUAUUCUUGUCUUCUGUGCUGAGCUCAUUCUCAGCCCUCAUGCCACCCUGCAGCCCUUUCAGUCCCAGCAGCUCACUAAUGCCCUGUGCAGCCUCUGGCCUCCCGAGUGAUCAUUAUUGGCCGUGAUUGACACGUUGGGAUGGUGUGCAUUUCAUUGAUGAGAAUUUUAGAGCCCUGGGGCUCGUGAUCUUUCAGGGAUCGGUGCUCCGUCACCCUACAACCAUCCCAGGGGGGACAGUCACAGAUCGGUUUCAAAUACUCUGCCUCUUUCUUCACCAAAGGCAAACUAACCUAAACUGCCAUCCAGGAGUCUGCAGAGGACAACCUGUAGGAAGCAACUGUAGCAGCACCAGUGAUCUGCCGGACUCCAGAGGUGCCUCAGCAACAGGCUUCAACGCUUCUUAGAGAGAUAUGAAGAUACUGGGCCAGAUUGCUUUCUUGCUUCUGCUUGGGGGAAUCUGGUGUCAGAACAACCGUAAUGCGAAAGCCGGUGGCAAGUCCACCAAGAGGUCUGGUGGGAACCAAGGAGGUGAUGGUGGCCAGUCACCCCCCACUGUUGAACUGACUCCUGGAAGCACUGGAGGCUCUGGAAGCACGAGAGGCACUGCUGGUGGUACAGCUGAAGCCGGACGGGAGGGCGCUGCGGGAGCCCGAGCACCUGGACAGCAGACAGAUGAUAUGAGGCUGUACUUCCUCAAGAACACCCAAGUUACAUGCAAUGAUGGAACAGCAGCUGGGUUUUACCUCAAGGAGUUCAGAGGAAGCCGCCGAUGGCUGUUAUUUCUGGAAGGCGGCUGGUGCUGCUACAGCAAAGAGACCUGCGAUUCCAGGUACCAAAAUAUCCAGCGACUGAUGAGCUCAUCAGGUUGGCCCCAAACAAAAAGAGGAACUGGAAUACUGUCUCCUCAAGCAGAAGAAAACGCUCACUGGCAUAAUGCAAACAUUGUAUUCAUCCCGUACUGUUCCAGUGAUGUAUGGAGUGGUACUGGGCCGGCUCCGACCCCUCCUCCCCGGCCACGACAAGGCAGAGAGAAAGAAAGAGAGAGGAGCGCAAAUGCAACUGAGUACACCUUCAUGGGAUCCCUGAUCAUCCGCGAGGUCAUCAAAGACCUCAUCCCCAAAGGAAUCAAGCAGGCCAAGGUUGUAAUGCUGUCUGGCUCGAGUGCUGGCGGUACAGGUGUUUUGCUGAACAUCGAGAGGGUGGCCAGUCAGCUGGAGCAGCUCGGUGCUGAGGCUCAGGUCCGAGGCCUUGUGGACUCCGGCUGGUUUAUAGAGAGCAAGCAGCAGAGGUCGCCCAACUGUCCCGAGACUGUCUCCUGCUCGCCCGAAGAUGCCAUCAAGAUAGGACUCAGACUGUGGAACGGGGUUGUGCCUGAUAGGUGUCGGCAGCUCUAUAAGAAAGGAGAGGAGUGGCAGUGCUUCUUUGGACACAGACUCUACUCUACCUUGACCUCCCCCCUGUUUGUUGUGCAGUGGCUGUUCGAUGAGGAGCAGCUUAGGGUGGAGAACAUCUACAUCGGAGGACAGAGUCUGUCUGAGGUGCAGUGGCAGUACAUACAGAACCUGGGCACGGAGCUCAAGAACUCCCUGAGAGAUGUCACGGCUGUAUUUGCUCCGUCUUGCCUGUCCCACACAGUGCUUACUAAAAGUAACUGGAUGAGUUACCAAGUGAGAGGCACUUCUCUGCCGAGGGCCCUGCACUGCUGGGACCGGAGUCUGGAGGCAACGCGCAACAACAGGACGCCUGCCAAAGGUUGUCCUUUCCAUCUGGUCGACACCUGCCAGUGGCCCCAGUGCAACCCCACCUGCCCAGCCUUGGUUGACCAGGCCACCCAGCAGGAGCUUACCCUGCUCCAGAUGCUAGUCGCCAUGGGCCUUGACCUCCAGAGGCUGGGCUUGGAUCCCCAGGGAGAUGAGGUUCCUCUGGCCAGCAUGGUCAGCAAUGGUGGCUAAGUGGGAAGUAGGGAAGCAGCCUAUGAGAUAGCCAGGCAAAGGCUUAACAGAGGAAAAAAAUGUGUUGAAAUUUUAAUGUAACCAUAGAAAUAGUACAGAAAUCUGGUUACUACGUUUUGUGCUGCUCAGCAUUCCAUUACGCUCCAUGUGUCUGUUAAAUUGGUGGCUGGUGGGUAUGUCGAUGUGUCUGGGUCUGAGUGGUUUGGCUCUCCCUCUACUGGACAUCGGAGGAAAGAGCUUUAGGCCCGAACUAAAGGGGUUUCACUUAUUCUGGUUGAAGAGCUUUACAUUUUUUAGCAGGUGGCUGGACAUACUCUACCAUCUACGGCUCAAUUUCAUCCUGAUCACUCAACAUGGAAAUUUAACUUCAGAGCCAGCGGCACAAACAUGUUGCUUAGACAGGACUGAGAGAAAGGAAACGUGUACAACAUAUACUGGAGUUGUUAGUGUUUGCUUUAAAUAAAGGUUAAUUUAUUCUCUUUCUAUCUAAUAGUCAAACUUUCCUUAUCAUAGCAAUUAUUCAGGAUGGGAUGAUUUUGAUUCUGAUUCUUACAUAACAAAACACACUCACACUGAUCCAUUUACUUUUUGCACACAUACUUACAAAGACAAUGAGUUUUUGUGACAUAGUUUUAGUCUUUAGCUCCUGAUGCAAUGCUAACAAAUAUAAAUACAUAUUAUUAAGUGUGACAAAAGUUAUUGAUAUAUUUGAUAUAUUUCUGUGUAGGUCAUGGGAGUUAAUCUCUGUCCUAUUACAAUAAUUUGUUCUCAUUUAUAGGGGACAAUAUUAUUAUUUUUUUUAAAAUGUUACUUACUGUUGAACUAUUUUGACAAAAGAAAAAGCUCCACAAAAAAAGACUACUACUAUUCACCGCCCAACUUUUAAGAUAAUCUAUAUCCAUAUAAAAUGACACAAUACAGACUAUGUAUUGCAAUUCUUCAUCGUCAACAUUUUAAUACCAGCUUUUUUGUUGUUGUUGUUUUUUCCAGCCGUUUGUAGAUGUUACUGUAACUGUGUGUUUUGAAUUCUUCAAGCUACUGUAAUAACUAUGUCAUAUGAUUAGGAUUUGACUCAAUUGUACCUGCUGGUAAAAGUAGUAGACUGAGUUAUUGCACAUGUUGAAGCAGGAAAUAAAAAAUAUGAACUGG